ACUUCCACGUCGGCUUUUGCUCUCACUUCCUCCAUGUUGAAACCAACUCGUUUUCACCCUCCUCCAACUGCUCUGAGCGCCCAUUCUGCCGACAAGGUGCAGCCCUGCAGACCUCUCGACCUCAUCUGCCCCCCGUAACAACCAGUUCACCAUGUCCAGAAAGGUGGUGCGGACCAGUAAGUUCCGGCACGUGUUCGGCCAGGCGGAGAAGGCCGACCAGUGCUACGAUGACAUCCGGAUCUCUCAGAUGACCUGGGACAGCAACUUCUGCUCUGUCAACCCCAAAUUCGUGGCUAUGAUCGUCGACGCCAGCGGGGGAGGGGCCUUCAUAGUGCUGCCCCUCAACAAGACAGGCCGCAUCGACAUGUCGUACCCCACAGUCUGUGGACACACUGGGCCUGUGCUGGACAUCGAGUUCUGUCCCCACAAUGACAACAUCAUCGCCAGCGGAUCUGAGGACUGCAGCGUCAUGAUCUGGGAGAUCCCUGAGGCCGGCCUGAUAUCUCCUCUCACGGAGCCUGUGGUCAAACUGGACGGUCACUCCAAACGAGUGGGCAUCCUGAGCUGGCACCCCACAGCCCACAACGUGCUCAUGAGCGCAGGUUGUGAUAAUGUCAUCAUUCUGUGGAACGUCGCGUGCGGUGAGGCGGUGGUCCGUAUAGACACGGUUCACUCAGACCUGAUCUACAGCGCCGUGUGGAACCGGGACGGCUCCAGGAUCCUCACCUCCUGCAAGGACAAGACCCUCAGGAUACUGAACCCCCGCAAAGGCACCGUCAUCACCGAGAAGGAGAAGCCUCACGAGGGCUCCAGACCGGUCCGGGCCGUGUUCAUGUCCGAUGGGAAGAUCCUGAGCACAGGCUUCAGUCGUAUGAGCGAGAGGCAGGUGGCGCUGUGGGACCCUAAGGACUUCUCUGAGCCUCUGACCCUUCAGGAGCUGGACACCGGGAGUGGAGUCCUGCUGCCGUUCUACGACCCAGACACGAACGUGGUCUACCUCUGUGGGAAGGGUGACAGCAGUAUCCGUUACUUCGAGGUCACCGACGAGGCUCCGUACGUGCACUUCCUGUCCAUGUACAGCAGCAAAGACAGUCAGAAGGGGAUGGGAUACAUGCCCAAGAGAGGCCUGGAGGUCAACAAGUGUGAGAUCGCCAGAUUUUACAAGCUUCAUGAACGAAAAUGUGAGCCGAUCCAUAUGACUGUGCCCCGAAAGUCGGACUUGUUCCAGGAGGAUCUGUACCCGAACACGAUUGGUCCAGAGCCAUCAGUCGAGGCAGAUGAUUGGUUCGCCGGGAAAGAAGCCCCGCCCGUCCUCAUAUCCCUGAAGGACGGGUUUGUGGCCACCACCAAAACCAAAGAGUUCAAAGUUCACAAGAGCCUCCUCAAGACGACGUCUGCCUCUCCAGUCGGGACAGUGGAGAGCAGUGGGGAGGUCCAGUCUCUGAGGAAAGAGCUGCGGGAUAUGAAAGCUGAAAUCGAAGCACUGACCAAGCGGGUGAAGGAGCUGGAGAGCAAGCAUUAGAACUGGAAUCAAACACAUUAGAUCUGUAAUGAAAAACUAUGUGAUACUGUAUUUUAAAGGGAGGGUGUCAAGGACUAAACAUAUCAACAUGUGAAUGCUUCAGUGGAUUCAUUUUAAUAUAUUUAGUCAGGAAUAAAAAGUAU